AUGCUUUGCUGCGGCACAGUGGGUCACAAGAAGGGGAGAGCUGAGUCUCAGUGUUUCUUGGCCUAUACGCUGGACGACUGUGUAUUGGGAGUGUUGCUAUCAGCACCCCAAAUGCUGAAUGAGCUGGUGGUGGGAGACACCAACGGGAAGCUCUAUGUUUACAAGAAUGAUGACAGCAAACCCUGGGCUGUGCGAUCUUGCCAAGGAAUGCUCACAUGUGUUGGAGUGGGAGAUAUAUGCAAUAAGGGAAAGAAUCUUGUGGUGGCAGUGAGUGCAGAAGGCUGGUUUCAUCUUUUUGACCUGACUUCUCCAACUUCAAAACACCCAGAUGCUUCAGGCCACCAUGAGUUGGCAGCAGCAGAAGAGCAGAAGCCAGUGUUCAAGCAGCACAUUCCUGCCAACACCAAAGUCAUGCUGAUUAAUGACAUUGAUGGAGACGGGAAGUGCGAGUUGGUGGUGGGUUACACUGACAGAGUGGUGCGUGCCUUCCGCUGGGAGGACUUGUCGGAGAGUUCAGACCAUGUGUCUGGGCAGCUGCUCCUGUUGAAGAAAUGGCUGCUAGAAGGUCAGGUGGACAGCCUGUCUGUGAACCCAGGCCCUGACGGCUCACCGGAGAUGAUGGUGUCUCAGCCAGGUUGUGGUUAUGCCAUUCUGCUGUGCACCUGGGACUCUGAGCAGCAGGCCACAACAGAGGGAAGAGACAACUCUGCCCCAGGCAGCGAGGCUCCUAUUCGAGAUGUUAUUCUGCACCAAACAUCUGGACGGAUUCACAACAAGAAUGUUUCCACUCAUCUAAUUGGUAGCAUUGCACGAGGCUGCUCCAGUGAGAAUAGUGGUUCAGGUCUCUUUGCCCUCUGUACUCUGGAUGGGACAUUGAAACUCAUGGAGGGAGCAGACAAGCUGCUCUGGUCUGUGCAGGUUGAUCACCAGCUGUUUGCUCUGGAAAAGCUGGACGUUACUGGCAAUGGGCAUGAGGAGGUGAUUGCCUGUGCAUGGGAUGGUCAGACAUACAUCAUUGACCACAAUCGGACUGUUGCCAGAUUUCAAGCAGAUGAGAAUGUCAGUGCAUUCUGUGCAGGCCUCUACGCAUGCAAAGGAGGAAGCAACAGCCCCUGCUUAGUUUAUGUCAGCUUCAAUCAGAAGAUCUACAUCUACUGGGAUGUGCAGCUGGAGAGAAUGGAGUCCACCAACCUGUUGAAAAUCCUGGAUUGUAACCCAGAGUUUGGAACUCUCCUGCAGCAGCUGGGUGUGGAAAGAAGUGAUGUUUCUGCUGUCAAAAAUCUGAUUCACAAAACACUGUAUUUUCCUGAGAAAUGGCAGCAGAGCAACCCUGCGCAGUGUCAGGACCCUGCUGGAACAGACUCCUCUGCCCACUGCACUGUCAUCCAGGAUCCCUCAUAA